GGAUCCCUGGUAUAGACUAUAGCUCAUCUCAGUACAGCCAGUGCUGUCUGUGCUCAUGACCACAACAAAGCAACAACGCCAGAGUGGCUUCCAGCCCGGUUUGAAGUUCUUGGAGGGCAGAAACGCGCUGAAGCUGCUGCGUGCGUGGGUCCUGCGUUCGUUAAUUCAGCGAAGUCUCGCGGUGUUCACGCAACCCCUCUCAGACGUCUUGCGUUUGUCAGACCGCUUCGAAUCUGCUACACGCACGAGCAGAAACGCAGCAUCGCUCGGUCGCCAUCACACCUUCACAUGCGGGGCUGAACUGAGUUUGCGCGCUCGAGACACUCGGAGAGGAUCGCGCGCGGCGUUAUUUUCGUAUUGUGCGUCAUUUCUGCAUUUCUGCGCGUUUCCACCCAGGCAAUAUGGCAACACCCGCCGCUGUAAACCCAUCGGAAAUGGGCACGGAUCUGCCGGGGCCGGUGGCCAUGCCGGGUGCUGUGGUGGGCGGGGGUCAGGUCCGGAUGGCGGGAGCCAUGCCGGGGCGAGGAGGCAAGCGGAGAUCAGCGGGGAUGGACUUUGAUGACGAGGACGGCGAGGGACCCAGCAAAUUUUCAAGGUAUGACGAUGAUCAGAUUCCCGGUGAUAAGGAGCGUUAUGCCAGAGAGAACCACAGUGAGAUUGAGCGUCGCCGGCGUAAUAAGAUGACCCUGUACAUCACAGAGCUGUCGGACAUGGUGCCCACCUGCAGCGCGCUAGCCAGGAAACCAGACAAGCUCACCAUCCUGCGCAUGGCCGUCUCACACAUGAAGUCCAUGAGGGGAACGGGGAACACGUCAACUGACGGCGCUUACAAACCCUCCUUCCUGACUGAACAGGAACUGAAGCACUUGAUUCUGGAGGCGGCUGAUGGCUUCCUGUUCGUGGUGGCGGCUGAGACGGGUCGCGUUAUCUACGUGUCCGAUUCUGUCACUCCCGUUCUGAACCAUCCGCAGUCCGAGUGGUUUGGCAGCACGCUCUUUGAGCAGGUCCAUCCGGAUGACGUGGACAAACUGAGGGAACAGCUGAGCACAUCUGAGAAUUCGAUGACAGGGCGUAUUCUGGACCUGAAGACGGGGACGGUGAAGAAGGAAGGACAGCAGUCCUCUAUGAGAAUGUGUAUGGGCUCCAGACGUUCCUUCAUCUGCAGAAUGAGGUGUGGCAGUGCUCCACUGGAUCAUAUCUCACUGAAUCGGUUGUCCAGCAUGAGAAAGAGAUACAGGAAUGGUCUUGGGCCAUCUAAGGAGGGGGAGGCGCAGUACUCCGUUGUGCACUGUACCGGCUACAUCAAGGCCUGGCCACCAGCGGGCAUGACCAUUCCGGAUGAAGACACGGAAGCAGGUCAAACCAGCAAAUACUGCUUGGUUGCGAUUGGAAGACUGCAGGUGACCAGCUCACCAGUUUCCAUGGAUAUGAACGGACUCUCUGUGCCGACGGAGUUCCUUUCCCGCCACAACUCAGAUGGCAUCAUCACUUUUGUUGACCCUCGUUGCAUCAACGUGAUUGGCUAUCAGCCUCAGGAUCUUCUUGGCAAAGACAUUUUGGAGUUCUGCCACCCGGAGGACCAGAGCCACCUGCGAGAGAGCUUCCAACAGGUACACCAACAAAAGCAAACCCAACCGUGUGUGUUGCGUGCGUUUUAUUGCAGGCAGCUUCAGCAGCAACAGCAGGCCGAGCUGGAGGUUCACCAGAGAGACGGACUGACUGCUUAUGACCUGUCACAGGUGCCGGUUGCCAGCAUCCCAGCCGGCAUUCACGAGGCGGGCAAAACCAUCGACAAAACUGAUUCACUGUUCUCGCAGGAGAGAGACCCACGCUUCAGCGACAUGUACACGGGCAUCUCUGGAUCUGAUAAGAAGAUGAUGGUGCCGUCCUCCACUGCUGGCGGCCAGCAGUUAUACUCUCAAGGCAGCCCGUUCCAGCCCGGACACUCCGGCAAGAGCUUCAGCUCAUCUGUGAUACACGUCCCAGGAGUCAAUGACAUCCAGUCCACAGCCGGUUCAGCUGGACAGAACCUGACCCAGAUCUCCCGGCAGAUCAACGCCGGCCAGGUGUCCUGGACAGGAAGCCGACCUCCUUUCCCCGGCCAGCAGCAGAUUCCCGCUCAGUCCAGUAAGGCCCAGGCCUCACCGUUCGGCAUGGGCUCCACUCACAGCUACCAGGCUGACCCGUCCUCUUACAGCCCUCUGUCCAGCCCCGCCACCUCCUCGCCCUCUGGAAACGCCUACUCCAACCUGGCCAAUCGUAGCACUGCUUUCGAUGUGUCGGGUGAGAGCAGCCAGAGCGGAGGGCAGUUCCAGGGCCGGCCGUCUGAGGUCUGGUCUCAGUGGCAGAGUCAACACCACAGCCAGCAGGGAGGAGACCCGCAUCCUCAUCCUCAGUCCAGCCAGACCGAGGUCUUCCAGGAUAUGCUGCCGAUGCCGGGAGAUCCCACCCAAGGAACAACCAAUUACAACAUCGAAGACUUUGCCGACCUCGGCAUGUUCCCGCCGUUCUCUGAGUAAUCGCCGACUCUUUUGUUUGUUUUGGUUCGGACUGCAGUAUCUUCAUCUCACAUGUGACACACAUGACGCUGCUGAAACACAUUUCUGCAUUCACUCUCACACACACACACACUUGGCUUAAUUCCUCAUUCACAAACAAAAGAGCAAAAUAAAUAUGUGACCCUGGAGCACAAAACCAGUCUUAAGUAGCACGGGUAUAU